GCGGCGGCGGCGGCAGGAUGAAGUUCGCCGAGCACCUCGCGGCGCACAUCACCCCCGAGUGGCGGAAGCAGUACAUCCAGUAUGAGGCUUUGAAAGAGAUGCUAUAUGCAGCUGUGGACCAGGCCCCUUCUAUAGAAGACACAGAUGAGGACACGGUGAAAAGAUGUUUUGCCACGUUCGAAGAGAAAUUCUUCCAAACCUGUGAGAAAGAACUUGCCAAAAUCAACAUUUUCUAUUCAGAGAAGCUUGCAGAAGCGCAGCGCAGGUUCACCACCCUCCGGACCGAGCUGCAAUCCACCUUGGACGCGCAGAAGGAGGCCAGCGGGGCCUCCACGCUGCAGCGGCGCCGAAAGCCCGUCUUCCACCUGUCCCACGAGGAGCGUGUCCAGCACAGGAACAUCAGAGACCUGAAAUUGGCCUUCAGCGAGCUCUACCUCAGCCUCAUCUUACUGCAGAACUAUCAGAACCUGAACUUCACCGGCUUCCGCAAGAUCCUGAAGAAGCAUGACAAGAACCUGGAGACGGCGCGGGGGGCGGAGUGGAGGGUGGCCGAGGUGGAGGUGGCUCCUUUCUACACCUGCAAGAAGAUCAACCAGCUUAUCUCUGAAACAGAGGAAGUGGUGACCAACGAGUUGGAAGAUGGAGACAGGCAGAAGGCAAUGAAACGUUUGCGAGUUCCACCCUUAGGAGCAGCUCAGCCUGUACCAGCCUGGACUACAUUCAGGGUUGGAUUGUUCUGCGGGUUGUUCAUUGCACUGAAUGUCACUGUCAUACUUUCAGGUGUGGCUUUUAUAGAUGGACCAAAUGUGUGGCCACUGGUGAGAAUCUAUCGAGGUGGCUUUCUCCUGAUAGAAUUCCUCUUUCUCCUGGGUAUCAACACAUAUGGCUGGAGACAGGCUGGAGUCAACCACGUCCUCAUCUUCGAACUCAAUCCCCGCAGCAACUUGUCCCAUCAACAUCUCUUUGAGAUUGCUGGUUUCCUGGGCGUUUUGUGGUGCCUGAGCCUGCUGGCAUGUAUAUAUGGUCAAUUCACCUACAUCCCCAUGCAGGUGAACCCACUCAUCUUGUAUGGCUUCAUGUUGCUUUUUCUCAUCAACCCUACCAAAACCUUAUAUUACAAGUCCCGUUUCUGGCUGCUCAAACUAUUGUUUCGAGUAUUCACUGCUCCCUUCCACAAGGUGGGCUUCGCAGAUUUCUGGCUGGCUGAUCAGCUCAACAGCCUGGUCGUGAUACUUAUGGAUUUGGAAUACAUGAUCUGCUUCUACAGCUUUGAGGUUCAGUGGGAGGACAAUGCUGGACUUCUGGCAGAUACAGAUAAUCAGAUUUGUAACAGCUACUCCUACGGAGUGAGAGCAGUUGUCCAGUGCAUCCCUGCUUGGUUGCGAUUCAUCCAGUGCCUGCGCCGUUACCGCGAUAACAAACGGGCCUUUCAUCUGGUUAACGCUGGAAAAUAUUCCACCACCUUCUUCGUGGUGACAUUUGCAGCCCUCUACAGCACUCACAAAGCUAAAAACCACAGUGACACCCAAGUGUUCUUCUACCUGUGGAUUAUCUUCUGUUUCAUCAGCUCUUGCUAUACCCUCAUUUGGGACCUGAAGAUGGACUGGGGUCUCUUUGACAAAAAUGCUGGUGAAAAUACCUUUCUCCGAGAAGGAAUUGUCUACCCACAGAAAGCAUACUACUAUUGUGCCAUUGUAGAAGAUGUCAUCCUGCGUUUUGCGUGGACCAUCCAGAUCUCCCUCACUUCCAUGCAAAUCUUUCCCUACGCUGCAGACAUCAUUUCUACUGUGUUUGCCCCACUUGAGGUGUUCAGGNNNUUUGUGUGGAACUUUUUCCGUCUGGAGAACGAGCACCUGAACAAUUGUGGUGAGUUCCGUGCGGUGAGGGACAUCUCGGUGGCGCCGCUGAACGCGGACGACCUGACACUGCUGGAUCAGAUGAUGGAUCAGGAGGACGGCGUCCGGAACCGCCGCAAGAACAAGCAGUGGAAGCGCAGCCUGAGCGUGUCCCUGCGCAGGCCUCGCCUCGCCUCACAGUCCAAGGCUUCUGACACAAAGGUAUUGAUAGAGGACCUAGCAAACGAAGUGAACACAUGAGAUGGCCACGUUCUCUUAUUCCACAUCCUUUGUUUUCUCGUUCUGUUCCCCUCUUCCCCAAGUAACCCGAGCUCUGGUACAGAUCCAGCUGAAAACAGGAGAAAACACUGAACACGUUUUCCGAGCUCUUCCAGACCAGAUCCUAUGGACUCCAACAAGCUCACUGUGUUUCGUUUCUUUUCUUCUGGGUUAAUUUUAAUGUUCUAUUUUAAACAAACAAACAAACAAAAAUAAAAUAUUUUACUUUGUUUUGCCAAUAAAGAGGACAGUUCAGGAAAGAAGGAUUGUUUACAGUCUCAACAAGGACAUACAAACCUUAUCUGGAUAACGAAGCAUCAUAGGGACUCCCUCAUGGGACAGUGCCGAGAGCACACUCGGUUUCUGCUUGGCCCGGUUUUAACUGGUUGAAACCGGACUUUUUAAAUCUGAUUUUUUUUUUUUUGUUGUUUUUUUUGUUUUUUCAGUUAUUUUUUUAUUUUUUUCCUUCAUAUCCAGCGCUGAGGCACUGGCUGCACUUGCAGGGAAAGUGCACUUAGAGCAGUAUCUUCAUUCAUGAAGCUACUUUUUAAUUUGAUGUAACUUUUCUUAUAAUUUUUUGGAAAUAUGAUGUAUCUGCUGCAUAUAGUUUUCACAUUAUUUAUGAAACUUAACAACCAUAUGAGAGUGAUUUUGAGUCCUGUGCAAUUGAAGGUUGUAACGGUGAAACAAAGUGGGGAAUGUAGAUCUCCAUCUCCAGGGUCGUGGGGUGAUGCCCCUGCAAAUAACCCCUCUCGUGAGACAACUUGCACCUGUGUGUACCUUCUCUCUCUUUUAUUUCUUUUCAAUUUUAUUUUAAACCAAAGUUUCUCUUUCUGAUAUUUUUUUAGUUGCUGCUACUGCUUCUGGGCAUGUCGCUCGUGCCGGUUCAAAGCCAACUCCUCCAUGUGUGAAAGUAGUGCAGAUGAUCCUGAGAUGAUCCUAAGGAAAGGAGAGUUGGUUCCCACCAACAGCACAAAACACUGGGUGAACAAAGGCUUUGGAACUGCAUUCUCCAGAUCAAAAAAAGUACUUUUCCAAGCCUUAGAUGUGUCCUGAGGGCAUCUCAGCCCGAGCAGGGAGCUUUUCAGGAGUUCUCCAGCAGCCCAGCAAAGUGGGACAAGGCGAGGAGGUGACAGUUCUCAUGGGACAGGGGGUUCAUCAGGCUGGGGCUUAGGAGUGGUGCUUUGCUCCAGGGAGCAUGGAAAGAUCUGUGGUGUGCUCACACGAUGGGGAAGGUGAGAUGGAAAACAGCUCUUCUGUGGCUUCUGGUUGAGCAAAAAGCCUCUGUUGGGCACUGUCCUGGUGAUCUGCCCCUUGGCUCAUCCCAUUCCCCCAGUUUGGGAAGUGGGAUAAUUGAGCAGAUCUGGGUAAUGGACAGCUGAGCAAAUUGUGUUGGAUGAGAGAUGUGACUUGGAUGGCCUCAGAGUCCUUCCCUUGGCUCGCCCUGUUCUCCCUGGGUCUGCAAGGGAAGGGUGAAACUCCUGAAGGAGGAUCCUCACCUGGCUGGUGAUGGUUUGGGUGAUGGAAUUGCAGGAUUCUCCCCUCUGUUGCUGUUUGGUGGUUGUUCCCCUUAACCAGCCCAAUGUCUCCCAUGGCUGGUGUGUUCCAUUUCCUCAGUUUGCCUGCUGUGCCUCUUGCCCAGAGGAACUGGAGAAGGAAACUUGGUUCUCUUCAUUUAACUGGAAAUAGAUUAAAACCCCGUUGUGGUGCUGCUCUGGUGGGAGCAGAGCUGGAUGAGCUGGGGCUGUGCUGUCCAUCUCCCCUGGAUUCCUGCCUUUACCUCCCCUUGGUCAUUCCCAUUCACAUGGAAGUGGAGUCUGGGAUAUAAAACCCCUUAAAUAUUAAAAUAUUUCAGGUUCCUAAUUUGCAUUGGUGCCAUGUCCAAACCAUGUGAAGGUAUUUGCAGCAGUGGGGAAUGGAGCCAUCCCUGCCUGGGGAGGUUAGGGGAGGGCAGCUGCACUGGGAGGGAGGCAAGCCAAAAUUAUUUGGAUUCAUUCAAAUCAAGUAACAGCACUGGGUGUUACUUAAGCAAGUGGGUUUUUUAUACAAAGAAUCUGAGCUUAAUUGGUAAUUGUCUUCCUUUCAGAGGGAAAUUAAAAAUACAGAGAGACAUCCUGAGCAAUUUGGUCCAGUGGAGGGUGUCCCUGCAGGACAGGGGAUUGGAACUAUAUGGUCCUUAAGGUCGCUUCCAACCCAAACCAUUCCAUGGUUCUGUGGUUUGGAAAUUAUUCCAGUCCCUUGGGAGCACCCUGCCUUCCUCAGCUGGGCUGGGGAGGGCAGGGCAUGGCUGUGUGUCCAUCUGUCCAUCCUGCUGCUGCACCCUCCAACCCUCUGCUUCCCAACCUCCUGGGGAGGGUGGGGUUGCAAGUGAUUAAAUUCUUACUCUGUAGUUAACCCAAAUCCUUAUGGGAAGCAAGAAUUUGGUGUGUCCAUCUGCUCUGCUCCUUGCUCUGCUCUUUCUCUUCCCUUUUUCUGUCUUUACUGGCAGGAGAAGUAAGGGGUGGGGGGAAAAAAGGGAGGUGGUGCACUACGACAAGCAAACAUUAUCUCCUAAAAUAAAACAUGGUCCCUUUUGGCAGUGGAGAUGCUGUCUUGGGGGAAAGCAGCCUGAAUUCCCAGAAGUGUGGCUUUUAAAGGCUCCUAGCUCCCAGCCCUGCCUGUUCCCUCCCUCCCAGGGAUUUCUGAGAAAUCAGGCGUGCAGAUUCCUCCUGAGAGCAGCGAGCACUAAAGCCGGGAUGGCUCCACAUCUACGAGAACAUCUGGCCAAUAAAGGGAGACCUAAUGAAGCAGAACAGAUGGUGAGAGAAAAUAGCUCUGGCACUCCUUGGGAGCAGCAGGAGCGAGGGGAGUGGGGACAUUUCCUGAGCUGGGCUUUGCUCAUGGGUGCUUGAAAACACUCCUGUAGGGAGAGCAGCGGGGUGGCAGUCCAGAAGGACAGAGCAGCGUUAAAAGGAGCUGAGGGUGAGGGUUUUAUCCACUGCUUCAGUUGUUGGGAUGCAGCUGGAUGGGAAGUGGAAUCUGAGGAAGGUCUUCAAGCUCUGGCUUUCAGGUGUUGGGCUGUGCCUCGUGAUUCAGUGGAGGUUGAGUUGUACAGCUCUGAGGAUGGUGUGGAGCUGCUUUGGUGUGGUGAAACCCAUUAGGGAGGGCUAAGGAGAGGAGAUGCCGCACUGUGGCGUUUAUGACUUCUGGAGAUUCCCUUGAACUCACUUCUCCAUGCUGAUUCCCUCCUGCUUUCCUGGGGAUUUUGGGGUUGCAGGGGCUGAGGUGUUGCAGCAUCCAGAAUUGAUUUGCUGGCUGGGGUUCCCCAUGUGGCUUUGGGAUGGUGUCACCAGAAACACCGGCUCCCUGUGCCUGGGCAGUGCCAUGGGUGUGCUCCUGACAGGACUGGGACAGGAUUCAUGGCAUGGGUGUGUCCCAGCAGGGCAGGAUUGGGAUCUUUGGACUCAGCAAGGAGGAGUGGGAGCUUCUCCAACGAGAACCGAUGCUGUCCCACCACAUUUUAAAAGAAAUGCAUUUGCAGCACUCCUGGCUGCAGCCUGUAUGUAUCCAGCAAGCUCCUACCUCUCUCAUCCAGGUGCAUUCCCAAAGUCAGCUGCUGUUCAUCCUACGCCUUUCCCAACCCUGCUCCUGGCCCUCCUCAUUCUCUCAGUGUCUUUGCUGUUUGUCUGAUUCCAAUGAAAGGGGUCAACUGGCAGCAGCCUUCAGCAUGAACUUCUUGGGAUGGGAGGGAUCUCUGGUGGAAAUCUCAGCAGAGCUGGAUCCUGCUGCUCCAUCUUCCCUAAAAACGCUUGUGCUGCUUGUUCUGCCUCCGUGCUGGCACUGUGCAAGGCCAGUGUGGCAGACAGGGAGGGAAGGCAUGUUCCUCAUGUUCCUGUUCCAGGAGAUACCCUGGGGAUUUCACUUCCCACGAGCAGCGCAGACAGUGUGAAGCCUUUGCUGUGUUUUGAACGGCCGAGCGGAUUUGGCCUGGUCCUGCAGGGAUGCUGCCGUGCUCUGCCCUCGUCCCCAGCGUCCUGCCGUGUGCUGGGAAGUGUCCUGGGGCUGGCACAUGGCUUGGCAAGCUGGGGACACAAAAGCCACUUUGCUCACAUGCUGCAUCCCAGCUCCACAUCCUCCCUCCUCUCCUCCGCCCUUCUGCUUCGCACUCGCAGGGGGAAGGUGAUCUUCUGCCUUAAAACAUUUUUAAUUUUUUUUUUUAAUUUACUUUUGUAUUCCAGAAGGCAAUCAGAUUGUUUUGUUUCCUUGGAAAAGAGGGGCUGGGGCUCCUGGGGGAAGAGUGGGAAAUCCCUACGGUACCUCUGCAGCAGUCACGGCUGGGCUCAGUGGCUGUCACCUCAUCAAACCCUUCACAUCACCCCAACCCCAAACUCUGCACCUUGGGGCCAGUGUCCCCUGCUGCCACCGUGGGCUAAACCAUCCUGGGGUGUCACCAUCCCUGGGGGCUUCAGUCCCUGCUGUGACACCCCAGGAAUGGGACACAAUGCGGGGAGCACCCCGGUGCUGACACCCCAGCCCUGUCCCUGUCCCUGGCCUUGGCACAGCCCUGGCAAAGCAGGCGAGGGGCCCUGUGGCCUGACAGUCCCUCGAGCUCUGUAAACCAAAUUGCAAACUCUUCACUCCAGAGGAGAAAUUGGGCAUCCUGGUAGAACUUGCGAUGACCUCUCCAUCCCGCAGGUCCUCGUGGCGAAGGAUCGGCGCUUGGAAGAGGCCCGGGGUGGAAAUGCCAAAGUUCCCCCUGGGUCCCGCUGCCGCCUUCCUCUCCCCCUCCCCGCUGUGUUGGUCUAAAUGAUCUUUCUAUGAAGCCCUGUAGAUGUCAAAAGUAAUUAUGGAGUGUGAUUAGUCCUCUGUGGGUGCUUUCUUUCUUCCCCCCCCCCUUUCUCUUUUGCUUUCCCCUUCUCCACUCUUCGGUUUUGGCUCAGUGGAAAAGGUGAGGACAAAGAAUUGCCGCUUGCUUGGACUCAUGAUGUAUCUGUGACUGCGCUAUUAGCUGUCUCCUCCUCCCUCCCCAAAUGGAUAUAAUUUUUGAAGUGUGGAAUUCCCUUCUUGAUAAGUAGGUUUUAAAAAAAAAUAAUAAUACUGCACAAUGUGAUACUGUUUCAUAGUUUCUAGGUGGUUGUAUAAAGCAAAGUUAAUGUGAUUGUGUUUUUUCAAAGGAAAAAGUGAUUGGUUACGAAAUCUGUCCUUUUUUCAUUAUUACAAGCUCUUUGUUUUCCAAUGA